GGGGGGAAUCUAGGAUAACCUACUACCUGACUGGGUGAAGCUUUACUAAAUUAGUACCAGUCACAGAAAAAAAUACGAAAGGAGCAUUGUUAUGAAUUCUUACUAUUUGAGGCUACCAUCUCACAAGCAAUGUUUAGAUACGAGUAGCUUUAGUGUGUGUGUGAAGCUAGACGAAAUCUUUGUGGAACGUUUUACUAUUUACAGCAGCAGAGCUGAAUCUUCGGCAUGUUUCAUCAGAGUUUAUCCAAAAGUAAUUAAUAACAGCAAGGAUAAAGGCUGCUGAAGGAAUUCAUCGGGUCACACAGCAUCGGUGGAGGAAAAUGGACUCGAUGUAUCGCAAAAGACAGGCAGAACCAAGCAAGCAGAAAUUGAUCAAUCCAGGAAAACCACCUCCAGUUCUCGCUUUGACCCCUCUGGAAAUCCUCCUAAACCUCAACAGCUGGUACUAUGCAGCAUACUUAGUGGCAGAAAUUCUUCUUUUCAUAUAUAAAAGCCUGCUCUUGCCUUAUAACCCUGCAAACCUGGUUUUGGAUCUAGUGAUGCUGUUUUUGUACCUUGGGGUUGAAGUAAUAAGGAUAUUUUUUGGUUCCAAGGGUAAUCUGUCCCAACGUAAGGUGCCUCUCACUAUUAGUCUGGUGCUUCUUGGGCCAUCUACAAUUAUGGCAAUUUAUUAUAUGCUACUUCAGACCUAUGUUCUAAGGCUGGAAGUUACCAUCAAUGCAAUAUUACUGGUGUUUUACUUCUUUGAAUUGGUUCUGUGCUGCGUGGGCUUAAUGAGCUUCUCAAGUGCAAUCAUUGCCGAUUGAAAAUUUGAAGGGAACAUUCCUUUGGAUGAUGAACAUCUAUGCCAGCCUACGCAUAUUUGUAAUACAUUUUAUAGUAUUUUUAUAAGUAGAUUUCUUAAGGAUAAUGUUUUCAAUGUUUGAUAGUUAUAUUUUUAGUAAUGCAUUUUUACAAAAGUUUGUGUAAAUAUUUGCUUUUUAUUUUGGUUCUCUUAUCUCAAUAGUAGUGUCACACCAUGGGUUUUGGUGAGGGUCGCUUGCCCUUAUGAAGGUGUGCACUUUAAAAAUCAGAUGCAGGUCACAAUAGCACAUUCAGUGUAGAUGUGUUUAUGGUGUGCCGGAGGUGAAAAACUUAUAGGAUAAAGUGCAAAAGUAUUUACAGUACAAAAAAUAGCAAGAUGACAAAAAGAGAAGAUGAAAAUAUAUAUCAUCAGAUCUUUAGGACCAACUCCAAAGCAUCAGUCUGAAGUAAUUCACUUGCCCUCUACCAUCUACCCUCUCCCUUCUUCCCACUCCCACCAAUAUGAGCUUGUAAGGAUCUCCUUACCCUACGAGAAAAGGGAUAGUCCAUUCUUUGGAAUGCAGAGUGAGUUGUUAAAAUGAGCCUGAACAAUUAUAUAAAAAUGAACACAGGAAUUCAUGUCCUUCUUCACAAUUACAAAUGUCCACAUAUACAUUCGUCACAAUAAGAUCACAAUGAGAUUGUGCACCACGAGCUAUCAAUAACUAACCAUUUUCCAGGAAUCAGCUUUUUCCUCAUCUGCCAAAAUGAAUUCUUCCACUGAGCCAACUCAGAGCAUAUGUCUCCACAAACAGGCACUUUUUUAAGACACCCCUUAUCAGUCGGGUCCCCUCCUUGAAACUGGAAGCAAUGAAAAAACAGGACACGCUAAGGAAUGCCACUGUCCUAGAGUCUGUAAGUACAAAAAAAAUGUCCAUGCUGCGCCUUAGCCUAGUGUGUAAACCCAAUAAGCAUAACAUCAGCACUGUCAGACAAGGGUAAUAAGAAUUAUUGGGUGGGGGAGGAGGAAGAAAUUACUAGUGGCAGACCUGCUCUGUCACAAGUAGAAAGAUGUUUUUAUCGAACAGGGGUAUUCUUAAGCCAAACCUAUUGGAUGUAUGAGACAUCUUUCUGUCUCUGCUGGCUUCGUUCAACUUGUACAUUAAUGUAAUAAUUACUUAAAUAAUUUUUAAUUCUGCUCAUUUAUUCUAUUUUGUUUCAUGCAUCCUGAAAAAUAUUGCAAAUAUGGCCAAAAAAUUUGACCUCUAUAAUGAGCCUGAUAGUGACUGUGAAAUAUACCAAGAUGAAGGUGUCAAAUUCAGAAGGCAUCAAAAUCUAAUCUGAUUUGGUCCAUGGCAUUUACUCCAUUCUGUGGUUUCUCAAGAUGGUAUGGAAGCUGCUGCAACCCUGGAUGAUUUUCAGUUCAAUCACCUGAGGCUGUUCUCUUCAACAAGGAAAUCAGUGAAACCAGCUCAGCCAGAGAUCAACAGUUCUUGAUAUCUAUAGUUACGUUUCAUUUCAUGCAAUGUAUUCAAUCAAAUAUAUUUUAUAUAACACGCAUGGAUCUUUCCUAACAAUGUUUGUGAAGACUGGGAGGUUAGGACUUCCAGUGGUAUUUCCUGCUACAUUGAAGUAUUUCACUGCUAAAGGAAUAUUUCUGCUCCUUUGUCUAGCCCUUUUUGAAGAGCUGAUUCGUAAUAAGUAACUUUGCACCUUUCUGGGGCUCUUUAUUCUAAAUCAGAGCAAAUAGUCUUUGAAUAAUCUGUGCUACUGAAUGUUGGUUAAAUCACUUAAUGUGCACAGUGCUAACCCCACACUAGCUCAGAUGACUGUUGAAACUGUACCUCGGGUGCCAGUAAUUACACACACAGUAUAUUUUAGCAACAGAAUCAGAAUUGGGUUUAUUAUCAUUGGCAAAAGCCAUGAAAGGUGUUGUUUUGUGGCAGCAGUACAGUGGGAUACAAAAUAAAAUGACCAAGUUACAAUAAAAGAUAAAAUAAAUGAAUGGUGCAAAAGAGGAAAAGUAACGUAGUGUUCAUGGAUUCAUAGACCAUUUUGAUAUUUGCUGGCAGAGGGGAAGAAGCUGUUCCUAAAACACUCAGUGUUCAUCUUCAGGUUUGGUAACUCUUUCUGAUGGUAGUCAUGAAAAAGAGGGCAUGUCCAGGAUGGUCCCUAAUGAUGAAUGUUGCCUAAUUGAGGCAUUGACUUUUGAAGAUGUCCUUGAUGAUGGGGAGGUUUGUGCUGAGUCAGCAACCACCUGCAGCUUCUUUCAAUCGGUGUAAUGGAGCCUCCAAACCAGGCCAGUGGUGCAACCAGUCAGAGUGCUUUCCCAGGUACAUUGCUAGAAAUUAGCUAGUUUCUGGUGACCUAUCAAAAUAUAGCUGCUUGUGUCCCUUCUUCAUGAUUGUAUCAAUAUGUUUUGCCCAUGAUCCUCUGAGAUCUGAUGCCAAGACACUUGAAGCUGCUCACCUUUUCCACUGCUGACAUCUGAAUGAGGACUGGUGUGUGUUUUCCUGACUUCACCUUCCUAAAGUCUACAAUUAGUUCCUUGGUCUUGAUGUGUGCAAGGUUGUUGCUGUGAUGCCAUUUAAUCAGCUGAUCGAUUGCAUUCCUCUACACUUCCCAUCACCUUCUAGCCAAUGCCAGUGGUGUCAAUGGCAAAUUUAUUCUGUAGUUGGUGUUUGAGCUGUGCCUAACCACACAUACAUGAGUGUAGAAGAGUAGAGCAGUUGGCUAGCAUGCAUUUCGUUUUAACAGUAAUUUUAAUUAUUUUAACAAUUAAAUAUCCAUCAACAAUGUAAUACCAGUAAAAAUCCAUCUUGCUAUAUGAAGUAGCCCAAUUACAGUUUUGAAAGUUGUGUGCUUUCAAAGUACAAUGAGCAUUUUGAAAAAAUGAUCACCCCACACAAUCUAAACCACAAAGACUGUAUAAACUAGAAACUAAAAUACUUCUUCAUAAAGUAAGUUAUGGCAAUACAGCAUCAGUUCAAGAAAAGUAGCAAGAAUCUGAAUCAAAAUCUUUAAUUUUUCUAUUUCAAACACUUGUUAAGAUAUGGAGUUAGGAUUCUAACCUGAGUCCUUCCAUUGGUCUGAUGUUAUCCAGUUACAAAUAUAUAAUAAGACUUUAUUUGAAUAAAUUUAGUGCAAACUUCUGAGCAUUAUCAGUUGGAUUGCCAUCUAUAGCUUUUGAGGCACACUGAGCCAACUGGAGCACAACCUAAUGUUGUUGCUCCUCUUCUUUUUUUAGAUCCUUCUACUGGUAUUUUUUUAACAAGUCUUCACAUACAUGCUAAUAACAGACUCACCAUCAAAUCUGCAGACAGUUCUGUAUCUUACACUGUUUGUUUCAAAUUUGUGCCACUAUUAAAUUGCCUUCUGAGACAAUUUUAACACC